CUCGAACGACAAACAAUACCUCAAGACAUUUACCUACCAUUGAUCACAUUGCACAUGUAACCAAUGGUUAGCUAUGGAUUUUUUCCAACUCGAUAAAGUCCGGUCUUUGAUUGAAGUGGACCACUGUUACACAUCUUCAAGUAAAAGGGAUUGUGAUAGUGAUGAAGGGAUAUUCAACUUGUCACCUUAUCACUCACCUCUUGAAAUAGAAGAAAGUUGCUUAGACGUUGGGGGAUCUACUACUGGGUGUUCUUUUGAAGAAAAAGUUCACGAAAAUGUGCCACCUGUCGACUGUUCGUCUGUUCUUGAGUUGUGUCAAAGGUUUCCCUCAAAACAGCCCAAAGGUGAUAACCAUACAUGGAUUUUGUGUGAAAGAAACCAUUUGAUUGAGAUUGUAUCAUCUUUGAGAAAAGUUUUGAGAAAUGAAUAUUUUUACAGCUCUCAGUUUCACGAUAUUAAACGUCUGAAUGUAAACAAGGAACUUAGUCUUCAUCGUGCUGCUAAUACUCUGAGAAGAAUAUUCGCUGAUCUUUUUUGGCAUAUAGAAAAGUGCUCCAACAUUCAUCUAUGGUGUGUGAAAAAUCUUUCAGAAGCUCUGUUACCAAUUUAUCGCUCAGUUUUUUGCAUAUUAUGGAGAAAAAACAAGGUUAAUCCGUUAUUGAAAGUGCUCAAUACAACUCUACAAGAACGCUAUGUAAACGAUGCAACAGUUAACCAAUUUUUAUCUGACUUCAGAUCAUCUAUCAAUGAUGAAUGCGACAACGGCAUAAAGCAAACACUGGUCCAAUCUUCUUCACGAUCAAUUUUGACAAAGUCUUUACCUGCUCAAAUGUUUUUCAAUCGUUCAAUAACAAGCGACGGGAUAAUUUUGGCAUGUAUGACUUUUCCAGCAUCUCAUGAUAGUAAACGACUACAAAAAUUAAUUAAUUUACUCAGUGAAAUUGGACAAAUUAAUUUAGAAGAUCAUGAAGAACAAAUGUGUGAUAGUAUGAGACUUCGGUUACGAUUGUUUGUUCGACGUGUCACUAAUUUGCUUGAUGAAUACAAAAAUGAGUCUAUAUAUCUAGUUAGUUUUGGUGUUGGUUCACUACUUAUGUUAUUAUCUGCUAUACACAUACUUUCAUUGAAUAAUUCUCGUUCAGAUAAUAAUCAUUCUAAUCGAGCAAGUGUAAAUGGGAUUAUUUGUAUUGGUUUACCAUUAAUUGGUUUAAGAGGUAAACGAGGUGAAUUGAAUGAUCCACUCUUAUCAAUACCAGCCUUACCAAUAUUAUUUAUUAUAGGCGCUAAAAGUCGAUUUGGUGGUCAUAAAGAAGCGAUAGAAUUUCGAAAGAAAUUAUUCAGUGCUAGACGACGACAACGUCAAAUAAUUUCUCAGAAUAAUAAUAAUGACAGUAACCCUCUCAUUCAUCGAUUUAAAAUUAACGAAUCAUGUACUGUUGUCGAUGAUGAUAAUGAUGAUUUGAAUUCAAUUUCACCAACUUUUGAUUUAUUACUUAUUGGAGACGCUGAUCAUUUACUUCGAAUGCAACCAUCUGCAUGUAAACGUUGGUGUACAACACAAGGCAGAGUAGAUAUUAGAAUAAUAAAUGCCAUCAAAAACUUUAUUCGGAAAACUAAAAUACAAUCCUCUGAAAAGUUACCAGUGGACUUUAUGUUAUCCCCAUUAAAUACUGGCAGUAACAGGCGACCACAAUUUUCUAUGACAACGACAACAACACGUCCAUAAACAAUGACCCAGACUUUUGUUUUUAUGUUACACUGGAAAAAAAACAAUUCCCCAAAUUCUUUUAGAUGGAAUGGAAAUAAUAUACAGCCAUAUACAAAGUUCCACAUCGUUUUAAUUAAUAUUGAGAUGACCAAACAUGUCAUCGUACAUAUUUUCAAAUAAAACCUGAAAUAGAUUGGAUUUAGGUGAAAUAAGGAAGUAUCUAAAAUGAUUCUCAUUUGAAUGAGAGUUAAACAUCGGUAAGCUUAAUGCUGGUAUGUUUGCAUUUGAGUUAUUCAGAUUGUAAAGUAGUAGUUGUAAAUAUAUGCUAUUACCUGUUA